AUGGAUGCUGAAAGCCCAGACUUCGUCCCAUCUGUUUUUACAUAUAAACAGCAGGCUAGCGUGCCAGUGCAAAAGAUCGAGAGGCUUGCAAGAAAAAGAAGAAGAGAAGCCCUGAAAAUGGAACAGAAUGGCCAUAGCUACACAAAUGAGGUUCUGGUUCCUGAUGAGGAGUCUGCUGACAUGGACCAUGUGCCACUACUACAUGACCGUGAGGAAGAAGAGGCAGAGACUGAGCCAGAGCCAAUGGUCACACAGAAGACAUACAAUGCUCUGAGUCAGAAAUAUGAACAACUGAACAAUGACUAUUUUAAAGGCAUUCUCCUGACGUGCAUGCUGGCUCCUCCGUUCGUCCCAUCCUAA